AUGGUGGAAUUGUUUUUCGACAAGGCUGCAGCUCAUAUUGAAGAUAGUUUACUUAGAGAGGUGAAAGGCAAGGGUUCAUUGGAAGAAAAGAAAAAGAAGGUCAAAGGAAUAUUGAAAAUUAUCAAGCCCAACAAUCACAUCUUGGCACUGAAUUUCCCUAUCAAAAGAGAUAAUGGCGAUUAUGAAUUGAUUGAAGCAUACAGAGCUCAACAUAGUCAACAUCGAACACCAUGCAAAGGAGGUAUUCGUUUUAGCAAGCUAGUAAAUGUUGAUGAGGUGAAAGCCUUGGCUGCCCUAAUGACAUAUAAAUGUGCUGUUGUGGAUACACCUUUUGGUGGAGCAAAGGCUGGUGUGAAGAUUGAUCCUAAUGAAUAUUCUGAAAGGGAGUUAGAAAAGAUCACAAGAAGAUUGGCUGUGGAGUUGGCAAAAAAAGGAUUUAUUGGAGCUGGUAUUGAUGUACCUGCCCCUGACAUGGGAACAGGUGAACGAGAAAUGAGUUGGAUUGCUGAUACUUUCUCUCAAACUUUAGGUCAUUUUGAUAUCAAUGCUAGAGCCUGUGUAACAGGUAAACCUAUAGCUCAGGGUGGUAUUCAUGGUCGUGUUUCUGCUACUGGUAGAGGUGUAUUCCAUGGUAUUCAGAAUUUUGUCAAUGAAGCUAGUUAUAUGAGUAUGAUUGGAUUGACUCCAGGAAUGGGUGAUAAAACCUUCAUUGUUCAGGGGUGUGGUAAUGUAGGUUUCCACUCGUUUAGAUAUUUACACCGUGCUGGUGCUAGAUGUAUUGGUAUCAAGGAAUUUGAUGGUAGUAUUUAUAAUCCUGAGGGUAUUGAUCCUAGACAACUUGAAGAUUAUAAACUAGAAAAUGGUACAAUUGUUGGAUUCCCUGGUGCUGAGCCUUAUGAAGGUGAUCUAUUAAUAGAAAAAUGUGAUAUACUGGUUCCAGCUGCUAGUGAACAACAACUAACAGCUGAAAAUGCUCACAAGGUUCAAGCUAAGAUAAUAGCUGAAGGUGCUAAUGGCCCCACAACACUUGAAGCUGAUCAGAUCUUUUUACAGAACAAUGUUUUAGUUAUUCCAGAUUUAUAUAUCAAUGCUGGUGGUGUGACAGUAUCUUAUUUUGAAUGGUUGAAGAAUUUAAAUCAUGUUAGUUACGGUCGAUUAACGUUUAAAUAUGAACGUGAUUCCAAUUACCAUUUAUUAGAGAGUGUACAGAGAUCAUUAGAAAGAAAAUUUGCUAGAGAUGGUAGUAAGAUACCUAUUAUACCUAGUGAAGAUUUUGAAAAGAGAAUUGCUGGUGCCUCUGAGAAAGAUAUAGUACAUUCUGGUUUAGAAUAUACCAUGGAAAGAUCUGCUAGGAAUAUAAUGAGAACAGCUAUGAAAUAUAAUUUAGGUUUGGAUCUGAGAACAGCUGCCUACAUCACUGCCAUAGAAAAAAUAUUUGGUGUCUAUUAUGAAGCUGGUAUCACCUUUGUAUAA